AGCAAGCCAUUUGUAACACGAGCAAACUUACACGGACCAGGCGCCAAAACUUCUCAUUUCAACGCUAACAUGGACAACGGCGCAAUGGUGAACGUCCUAGACCUCAAAGCAUAUCGAAAAGUAGCCCGACACCUCAAGACUCUGACACCAUCAAAACGAAUCCUUCGCAUGGCCAACGGAUCUGAAGUACCGUUGCAUGGCAUUUGGACCGGCACCUUCCAGUGGGAGAAGGUAAAAGUGAGAACCUCAUUCGAGGUAUUCGAUAGCGGGGGAAGUUGGUCAUUACUAAUUGGAAAACCGUUGCUGGAACAACUGCAGGCAACACACAAUUAUACUAAUGAUACCAUU